AACAUGACUGGUGGAUCUUCCUUUGUCCAGGUGUUGACAAAGCUGCAGUUCCGAGAAUGUACGUGCCAUUCAGUCACAGAUAUGCAUAGAGGCCACUUACUCUGGGGCAUUCAGCUGGUGGCAACGGGUGUUCAGUUGGGGAACGCGUUCUUCUUGACUAUUCUCCCCAUGGUCAUCAAGGAAAGAUACGUUAACGCGACUAGCCAAUCGGAUAGCAACCUAUCCCGGAAGGAUGACGGCUGGCAGGUGUCUGUGUCCAGCUUCUUCAUGACUUACAGAGUCCUGAAUCAACUGGUUCCCAUCCUACCGGGACUUUUUCUGGCAUGGCUCGGGGAUACGGGCUGGAGGAAAAGCCUCAUCGCGCUCCCGCUGCUGGGCCUCACGCUGUCCCGACUUGUGGUCCUAUUCAUGUUGAUAUUGAACUGGCCGCUCAAGGUCUUGUGGGUGGAAGUGGUCCUCACUGGAUUGUGUGGGGGUUCCACUGUGUUCUGGAGUGGCGUCAUGACUCUCUUGUCUCUGAGCUCCACGGGGCGGGAUAGAUCCAAACUACUGAUGAGAGCAGAGUUUAUCAGUGGACUCUCCGGUGUCGUGGGCUCUUUGACGGCUGGACACUUGUACGAUUUCUGCAGUUCAACCCUGAGACCAGGUGUUGUCACCUUGCUGCUGUGUUUUCUGCUCCAUGCGUCCUGCAUGCUCUAUGUGAUCUUCUUCCUACAGCGAUAUAUUCCCACGCAGGUAGGAGCGUUGUGUGAUAACCAGACUCCGAAUAAAGCCAACGACGAACCCACAUGUGACCAUCCACGCAAAUUUGGAAACAUAAUACUGUUGUGGCUGUCAGGAGUCCUCUACAAUGCUGUGGAUUCUUCAACCAGAAACAUACUGGUCUUGUUUCAGUUGAUGGAGCCUCUCCACUGGAAUGUGAUUCAGGUCGGCUACGGCAACGCCUCGGGCUUCCUGAUUGCAUUGUCAAGCUUCCUAAGUUCUGUGGUUUUAUCACGUUGGCUCAGCGAUAGGUCUCUGAUCACCAUCGGCCUGCUCUCCAACGCUGCUGGCAUGCUCCCUAUGGCCUUUGCCACCACUACGUACAUGUUCGUAAUUGCCCGUGCCUUGACACUCUUCUCUCUGAUGCCUGUUCCGUUCAUCUGUUCGUUAUUGUCCCAGCAAGUACACGGCUCUUCAUACAGUAAACUCCUGAUCUCACUGCAGCUGUCUUUGAAAAUUUCCAGUGCGGGAACUAAUCUGCUGUACGCCAAGAUUUACAAAGAGACUUUCAAUUGGUUCCCUGGCCUUGUCCUCGUACUGUCCAGCUUGAUAUCCACUCUGGCCAUCAUACCCAUAAGGUACCCUGAAUGCAUAAUGUGUACAAAUACACAUAGCAGUAUACCUAAAAUGAUAGUACUUUAUCCGACACUUCCAGGAUAUUACCAUAAAUCGAAGGUGCCAAACUCAAGGCCCGGGGGCCAGAUCCGUCCCGUUGCAUGCUUUUAUGUGACCCGUGGAGGCAAAUCAUGUGUAUCAACUUCCAUGAUUUUUUUUCCACAUCUGUACCAAAAUUUCAAAUUGUCCUGUGAUAAAUGAUAACGUUGAGAUAUUACAAGCAUUUUUGUGUUAACAAACAACAAUAGUUGGAAAAAGCCAUUACCCUUAAUUUCUGAUUCCAAAACUAGUUCAUAGAUUUCAUGUGUAAAUAUGAUGAGGCGAUGAAAGAUUUUUAUCGUUUCCCCUUUGAGGGAAACCGCAAGUACAAUGUGGCCCACGACAAAAAUGAGUUCCAGACCCCUGCCAUGUAUGGUUAGAAAAAACAUAUGAAUAAUUGCAUCCAUUAUAUUGUUGUCUUCAGUACAUAUACAAUGCUUCAAAAAUAUUGGACCACCACUGAAUGUAAAGUUUAUGUCACAGCUCCCCAGUUUGAACAGCAUCAGUAAGUUUAAAUUUUGAAUUAAUUUCACGAGAUGAGAUGAACAUUACGGCUUUAAUUUAGAUGUUCAGUACUUACAUCUGAAUCUGAUGUAUCAUUUAGAAAAGAGCACCUCCUGUUUGAACACACCAUUCGUCAAGUGAGCAAAAUUAUUGGAACAUGGGACUGACAGCAGUGGCUAGGAUGAGUUUCCGGUUUGGGUUUUUACUUGUGAAGACUAUGUUUAAAGUACUCAGAGAGUUCAUCAAGUUAAACACCAGAGGGCGGUCUGUGUGUGAAAAUACAAGCAUUUGUCAAGUCGCACAACAUUUGGGCCGUACCCAGUAUUCUACGACCAUUUGGAAUGUCCUGCAAAAGAAAGAAUUGCCUUUAUAACAGACGUUAAACAGGCGGCUCAAGGAAAAUCGCAGCUGUUGAUGACAGAGAGCUGUAAAGAAAUACAGAACCCUAAAAGAGUUGUUCAUGACAUCGGUGACAACCUGCAGACAGCGGGAGUGACAGCAUCACAAUCGACUGUUUGCAGAAGACUGCCUCAGUUAUUCUAUGAUCACCUUUUACGGACUGAUGAGACAAAGACGAACCUCCAGCAAAGUCAUGUGAAAAGCCUGAACUUUUGAGAAUGAAAUGAUCUGGUCCCCAUUCCAAAGAUAACGUGAAACCCAGUGGAGCUAAUGUCAUGUUGGGCUUUGCAUAGAUUUUUCUGCCAUAGAUUUUAGUAACCUGCA